GCGGCCGAUCGGUGCACGCACACACACGCACGCGCUUAUAUAUAAUAUUUAAGUAUGUAUACAUAUAUUUAAGUAUAUGUAUAUAUCGGAGUAUAUAAUAUAUAUCUAAGUAUAUGUAUAUAUAUAUGCAUGUACCCAUACACGAGCACAAGCGCAAGAACUUACGAACGGCGUCGUACGUUUUCGUCGCCACUCGCGACUAGCGGGCGCGACGACGUCCCGAUCUAUUUUUAGACGGCGGCGUUAGCGACUAUCGCGCCGCGGCUUGCGCGAAUACUUCGGGCCCGUUCGUUUCUAAAUCUCCCCAAGUCCCCGGAACAAUCGACCGAACGGUACGGGACGUCAAAUCGACGGGGAAACCGAUUAUGGCACGCGUCGAUCAUUAUUCGCGAUGUUUUGUUGUCCGUCUGCGACGGCCAUUGUCUCGGCCGUGUGAAAACGCACGCGGAUGUGCAGACCCUCCGCACAAGUCUCUAAGGCGCCGCCGACACUUAAAACAGUCGCUUAUCUGCUGACGGCCGACAGUCGUAGUUACCCGGCGGAUUUCGCGUGACCGCGUAAAAACCUGCGGCGGAGUAUAGUACCUAGGUAUACAUCGUAGCCCCGGUAUCCCAAAUCUCUCAUAUCGCGAGAUCUGCACAGUAAUAAUAAAUUAUAAUAUCGUAACAACCGCUGCAGCUGCACCGUAUAGAAAAUAAACAUUUUAACCGUUACUGUUAUCCUCAUUGUUGUUAUUGUUCUCAUUAUAUUGUUAUCAUUUUAAUUAUUCGUUUGAAUCGUAACAAACGCGCGCGAACGUUCUCCGUCCCGCAAAGCCUUUCGAAAAACAAUUACGCGAUUAUAACAUAAUAUAUAUAUAUAUAUAUAAUACCUACGAUUAAGAUGAAUAACAAGUACGUCUGCUGGUUCGUCUGGACCAUGGCAUUUUCCAUCUCGCCGAACGUUUUCGUUCAUUCCGCCGACGAGCCGGGCGAAUACGAGUACACAGAUCUAUGUUUUCGGGACGACCCAAAAAUAGACGUUUGCAUCCGCAAAAGAAUUAACGACGUGCUCGAGCAAUUCCAAAAAGGAAAUGACGAAUUUGGCAUGCGCGAAUUUGACCCAUUACACUUGGACACUCCGUUACACUUCGAACACACUGCCCGAUUGAUUGGUGGAAAGAUCUCGGUUAAGAACAUGAUGACUGAAGGUUUGACAACAGUUAAAUUGCUAUCGCUGAGGUCAAAACUUCAAAACCCAAAUAAAAUGGAAGUGGGAUUCACCUCGAACUUCAAAAACUUGUUAAGCUCCGGUCAAUAUCAGUUCAAAGGAUAUCUGGGACGUAUGCCCAUAAACGCCAACGGCCGAUACAACAUAACAUUCAAGAACGUCGAGGCCAGCUACGUGUUGAAGGCCAAGCUCAAAGAAAUGGAAAACAGCACGUACGUGCAGCUCGAAAGUUUUCGCUCGCAUCCGCCGAAAUUCGGAGAAAUGAAAAUCUUCGCCAGUGAUUUGGUGCCGGGAAACGCGGUGUUGAACCGAGUGGCGUUGAGGUUCCUGAACCAGUACGCGAUCCAAAUAACUGACGAACUCUAUCCGGCCGUGGGACCCGUACUCGACAACAUUCAAAUGGACAUGUGCAACAAGAUGUUGGUCAUGUAUCCCUUCGACGUUUUGCUUCCGCCCACCAGAACGAAUUGAUCGACCUAGGCUGCAAAUUCGUAGGAAAAUGCAUUUUUUUUUUUUGGAGCAAAACAUAAUAUAUUAUAUUAUUUCUCAACACAAUUUCUGAGUUGUGUCAACAAUGUGGAAGUACGUUUUUGAUAUUUCAGGUCGAUUUUUCGGCCUCUCGAGUAUUUUUGCUUUUUCUUAUAUUUUACGUUUGUCGGUUAACAUAUUAUUAUUAUUUUCGUUCGUUUUUAUUUAUUUAUUUAUUGUUUGUUGCAUUCCAUCAAACAUGAUUUGUUUAACUUUUAAAUGUAUUACAAUAAUGAAACUUUGUUUUUGAAUUGAUAAGCACCUAAAUAAAUUUAGCCAUUUUUAUUUA